AUGGAAGCCUUCAAGAUAUGUGCUCCAUACAUGGCCAUGGUGGUGACACAGUUUGCUUAUGGUGGAUUCAACAUUCUCAUGAAGAUCUCUCUCAAUAAGGGAAUCAGUCAACUUGUCUUUAUUGUCUAUCUAUCACAUUUUGCCUUAUAUGUUCCCUGCCUAAUUAUCUUCAUUUUGGGCACCAUAAAAAAUUGCAGGAAACAGAGGCCAUCUCUUUCUCUUCCAAUGUUGAUCAAGAUUUUUGGUCUAUCUUCACUUGGGUCAACCAUUUAUCUAAAUAUCUACUAUGCUGGCUUAAAAUACAUUUCCCCAACAGUUGCUUGUGCCUUAGGUAAUGUAAUCCCUGGUUUCACAUUUGUCAUGGCAAUUCUGCUAAGGAUGGAGACAGUGAAUAUUGAGAAUGCUAAGGGGAGAGCUAAGAUCUUGGGUACAUUGGUUUGUAUUGGUGGAGCAUUAAUUUUUACAUUUUGGAAAGGAGGGUAUCAAUUCAAAAGCUUGACUAGAAAUCCAUUGAUUGACAUUGAUAAAACUAGAGGUUCUGUUCAUGGGUUAGUAAGGCACCAUAAAGAGGACUGGAUCAAAGGUUCACUUCUUAUUCUAAUAAGUUAUAUUGCAUGGAGUGCAUGGCUCAUACUACAGUCACUGAUCUCAAAUGUUUAUCCAGCCCCAUUAUCUUUGAACACUUUGAUUUGUUUCUUUGCUGCAUUGCAAUCUUCUGUUGUUGCUCUCUUCUUUGAAAGAGAACCAAGGUUGUGGAGACUCGAGUGGAAUGUCCAGCUCUUGACUGUUUUAUACUCUGGACUCAUCAACUCAGGCUUGGUUUACUACCUACAAACAUGGUGUAUCAGUAAGAAGGGACCAGUUUUUGCAGCUAUGUUUUAUCCCAUGGCCAUGGUGAUGGUGGGCAUAUUCUCAGCAAUUUUCUUCGCCGAGCGGCUUCACUUGGGAAGCUUGAUCGGUGCAUUGAUCACUGUUGUGGGGCUUUAUACAGUAUUAUGGGGCAAAAGCACAGACAGUUGCAGUGAAGAGAAGGUUGGGAAGGACGAACAAAAUUCUCUUGAUGAUCAUCAGACACUAGACAUCACUAUAACCAAUAAUCCCUUAAGCAUGAACAAUAUCCCUGCCAAAAAUGGAAAAAACUAA